AGAAGUGGAUUAAUAUCAAUAAAAAUUAUAAUAGAAGUCAGGAAUUUUCAGGACAUAUAUCAAAAUAUACUCGUAGGUUUGAAGAAAAAAACAGACCAACAGCACUCAUCUUGAGGAGUGGUAAGGAAUCUGCUGAAGUUGAAAAUAAUCAUAAUAUCUAUCAAGAAUCAACUGUUCAAGGACUGAAAAAUAAAAGUUAUUCUCUGGAAAAAGAUAAACUGAUCGAAACUGAAAAAGUUACUCAAGCGGAGAUCAUUGAUGGAAGAAGCGUAAAAGAAUUUUCCAGUAUUGCGCGUAAUAAACUGAGGCAUAAGGGAGAAUCACUUUUGAGGACUGAAAAUAUUCGUAAUUUUACUCAAAGUAGUCAGCAAUACAAGGUUGCUGAGGAUGCUACAAGUUCUGUACCAUAUAUGAGUGAAAGUAAAAAGAAACUAUUUGAUGCCGAACAAAAUCAAAACCUUAUUAAAAGUCUGAAAUUACCAGGAUAUAUAUUAAAAUAUACCAGUAGAUUUGAAGAAGAAAACAGACUAACACCACCUGUUAGAAUGAGAGUAAAGCAGUCUUCUGAAGUUAAAAAUAAUCCAAUUAUAAGUAAUAAAUUAACUCAUCAAAGACUUGAAAAUAAUUGUUGUAUUAUAGGACCAGGACAACCAAUUGAAACUGAUGUAAGAGUUAUUCAAACAAUUCAAGUAAAAGAAUUUUCAAGAGAUGAAAGUUAUCAGUUGAGAAAUAGAGCAGAAACACAUAACUGCACUGAUAAAGUUCAUAGUUCUAAACAAAAUAGUCAACAAUACAAAUUUGCUAAAGAUAUUAAAAAACCAGCACCUAAAAAUGAAUGGAUUUAUAUCAAAGGAAAUCAUGAUGGAAGUCAGGAAUUACUAACAUAUGUUCCAAAAAAGUUUGAAGAAAAAAGCAGACCAGUACCACUUGUCGAGAGGUAUGCAGAAGAGUUUUCCGAAUUUAACAAUUGUCCAAUUAUAAACAAGGAAAUAAGACAUCUAAGAAUUCAAAAUAGACGUCAUACUAUAGAAUCAGUUCAACCAAACGAAGCUGAUAUGAAAGAUAUUCAAACAAUUCCACUAGAUGUUAAAGUCAUACAAGAACUUUCAAAAAAUGACAGUUCUGAACUGAAGAAUAAGACAGAAGCAAAUAAUACAACAGAAAAUAUACAUAGUUGUUUCGAUACAAAUAAACAAUACGAAACUUUUAAAGAUACUAUAGAAACCACACCAUUUGAAAAAGGAAAUAUGAGACAGUUAUUCGAUACUGAACAAUGUCAUAUUAGAAAUCAGGAAGAUCAGGGAUAUGUCUUGAAUUAUUGCCAUAAUUGUUUGGAAACAAGCAAACCUGAAUCACUUGUCAGCAGCGGAGCAGAAGAGUCUUGCAAAGUUGAAUAUAAUCAAAAUAAUCAUCAUGAAUCAAUUAAUGAAAAGCUUGGAAAUAAUUAUUAUCCUGUGAAAACAGGUCAACCAAUAGAAAGUGAGAUAAAAACUAUUCAAUCCAAAACACUUGCUGGAGGACGUACAGACGAGUCUUUCAAUAAGGAAAAGUCGCAUCACGAAACUAAAAAUAUUCUUAGCUCUAUAGCUAAAGACACGCAGCACAAAAUUGCUAAGGAUACCGCAACACUUAUAUCAUCUGAUGGGAAAAGUGCAGAGGGGUUGUUUGAAAGUGCAGAAAUGCAUAUUGAAAAAAAAUAGAGCUAAACGAAAUUGCAGGAAAAAUAUACAAGAGUCUUCCAAAGUUGACGUUGCAAAAGUUUUAAUUUUAGCAAUUAUAAGUAUAUAAAACUCAGAACAUUCAUAAAAAACACACAGAAGGUUGAUAUAUGCAAUAAUAUUGAGCUGCUUUUUUUUAUAAUAGUAGAAAUAUACAAAACAUUUGUUUUAUAUAAAAAAUAUUAUCCGUUUAGUUACAGGUACUCAAUUGUAAAUUCCAAAUAGAUUGAAGAUAUGAACACAA